AUGAAGGAAGAAUUAGUAUCAACAAAAUCGGAAUGGUAUGAUCUAUAUGGUAAGACGUUAAGAACAAACAUUGAAAACAAAAAAUAUUUCUUAAAGAAGGCUCGAGAUGCCAUUAGUGAACUGAAAGCUGCUGCUGCAACAGCAGAACAAGACGGUGCUGAACUAUCGAAGACUAAGAAGAACAAAGAAGAAGUAUGGAAUCGGUUCUUGAGUAAAUCAAUGCUAUUUCCUGAGAGAUCAGAUCCCAUUGGAUUGAGUUUAGCAUCAUUAAGUCAAUCAAUGAGAAUGGAGAGUUCUAAAGAUGCAAUAAAUGUAAUGAAAGGGAAUACACAGAAUCUAGACUCUAUGCUAAUAUAUCAGAAACAAUUGAAUGAUAAUAUAGAGACUUUAAUUAAAUCAUUGGACAACAAUGCGAAUGGUGAUGAUGACGAUCAGGGACAAGUAAGACAUUCCCAAGUGCAAACUCAUGCAAUGGAUUGGGAUACAUCGACAGCCAUGAAGAAUAAAGAGUUAUGGGAAUCAUUAAAUAAAUUUGUCACAGAAGCAUUGUUCUCCAAUGAUCCAUAUGCUAAUGUGUUAACUAAGGAUAUAGUAUCACAAGUUUUGAAAAAACUGAUUAAUUAUGAUCCAACUUUAACAUUAGAAGAUUUCAAAGAAGACAAACAAGGUAAUGGCGCGUUAAUGAGACUGUAUAGACUAUUACUAAAGUCCAAUUUAAUAAUAUGUGAAGGAGACUCUAAUAUCUCACCCAGAGAUAGAAGAGUUCAAUUGAUUGACUUCAUUGAUUCAGAUUUAUCAUAG